GCUGGGAAUGUUUGUGCUGAUUUAGGGCACUCUUGGAAGUACCCGGUAAACAGAUAUGGCUUCACCUCCCAGCAGCAAACAUUCAGUAGAAAGGAGGCGCUCUCAUUCUACACCACAGGCGCAAACUAUGAAAUCGGCAACGCCAAGCUGCAAGAGAGAUGAUCACACCAGUUCUGUUGAAUCCACAUAUUCUCUGCUUUCCCCAAUUUAUCAUGACAGCUAUGAAAGUUAUGAAGAGGACCGUAUUUCAAACUCAGGGUCAAUUACAGACCUGAUAAAAAGUAGAAAACCCAGUGUGGAAGAUGAACAAAAGUGCAACAACACCCAAGAGCGUCAUUUGGAAGAGCUAAAUCUCACACCAUGGGAAGAGUGGCUGCUUUAUAAAGAAAAAAAAGAGCGUGCCGAGUUGCAGAGAAAAAUGUCAGAGGAAUUAAAACAAGAGGAAGAAAGGAUAAAACGGGAACAGCUUAAAGAAAUGAAAAAAGUUGUUGCUGAGGAACAACAUAAAGAAUGGGUGCGGAAAAAGGCCGAACAGGAAAGAAAGGAAAAAGAAUUUAGGCUUUUGAAGGAGCAGAAGGAAAAGGAGGCCAAAGAAUUACAGAACAUGGCAAUGCAGGAAAAAAGUAAAGAAAAGUACCAGGAGUGGCUAAGGAGGAAGAAGGAAGAGGCCCAGGAGAGGGCCAGGAAAGAGAAGGAAGAAGAAGAAAAACGGUUAGCAGAACAAAGCGAGAAACAAGAGAAAGCAAAAAAAGGAUUUGAAGAGUGGUUGGAACAGGUCAAAGUGAAGCCACGGCCAACAUUAAACAGCGACGGCUAUGUUAAUGGGAAACUAACAGGAUACUAUGACGGAAGCUCAUAUCCUGCCCCAGGCUUCUAUAAUCCUAUUCCGUGGAAACCAAUUCAUGUACCACCGCCACCAAAGGAAGCGGCCAAAAACCUGUCAGAGAAGAAGAAAAAGAGAGCUACGUCAAGCCAGCCAUACAGAGCUAAUGUGGGGUCACUCUAUAAGCCUAAGGACAAUCUUCAUGUUGGAGGAGGGAUGUUCAGGAGAUAAGCAUAUUGCAUUCAUUUACUCUAUUUCACAAAUGAGCUCCAAUAAACCGGACAUUUCUAUUUCUGAGGUUUUGGUGAUAAAUUCUAAAUCACGCAGGAGAUCCAAACAUAUGCUAGUAAAUACAAUGCUUUUUUUAUUUAUAUUUAGCCUUAAACCACUUAACUUUUUAUUUUUUUUUAAAGAAAAAUCAAUUUGCAAAUGGUUAAUGAAUAUAUAAAUAUAUAUAUAUAUAUAUAUAUAUAUAUUGUAUAAAAAAAUAUAGAUAUAUACUGUAUAAAAAAAUAUAUAUAUAUUUUUUAAUAAUUUGUACAUGUUAUUCUUUGCCAGACCAAUGCUCUUAAAGAAAAGCCAGUUUCUUAAAUUAUUAUUGUCCCUUUGCAUAUAAUUGGCUAUUCUUCAGAAAACAAAAUGUGAAUGAAAGAUUUUGCAUUCUUAUAAGGGCCUCUUGAUUCUUGAAUGGACAUUGUAGUGCAUAAUUGCCAUGCUAUAAAUUGUUAGAGCAUAUCAUUUUUGCACUACUGACCCGGCAUGUUUAUGUGUUUAACCCCCAUAAAGGGGUUCAAUAGAUGGUUAAAUGCUUGCUAGGGAGCCAAUACAGGCAUUGGCUGCAUCUGAUUGGUCCCAAAAGUUCCCUGCAGUUCCUGAGUGAAACUUUAAAGGGACAGUCUACACCAAAAUUGCUAUUGUUUAAAAAUAGAGAUGAUGCCUUUUACUACCUAUUCCCCAGCUUUACACAACCAACAUUGUUAUACUAAUAUACUUUAUAACAUUUAAACCUCUAAAUGUCUGCCUGUUUCUAAGCCACUACAGACAGCCUCUUAAUCCCAUGCAUUUUUAUUUGCUUUUCACAACAGGGGAGUGCUAGUUUAUGUGGCCCAUAUAGAUAACAUUGUGCUCUCUCCCAUGGAGUUGUGGUAAUCACAGAGGUUAAAAGUAUAUUAAUAUAACCAUGUUGGCUGUGCAAAACUGGGGAAUGGGUAUUAAGGGGGUUUUGGAGUAGACUGUCCCUUUUUAACUAAAUGUUUAAUGCCUUUGCAUGGGUUAAAUCCAUAGUCCUGCAAAUCAGUUGUUCCUCAGUCACAUUCUCUAACACGUGGAACAUGUCUUUAAUGAAUAUAGGCCCGUUCUAGUCCUAUCUUCUUUUUAUGGCAAUAGGUUUCUAUAUAAAAUAUAUGGGCAGUUUUGGUUUCCCAUAAUGAAUUCAUGACGUCCUACUCACCAGUCCAUCUAUAUAGAUGGUCAGAUAUCAAAACCUUUCCACACUUUUCUUGUUGCUGCAAAUGAGCAUAAAUGUGGCUUUUUAAUAUGAAGAAAUCCACCACCGUGCAUCAAGCUUCUGUGAUUACUUUUUGCAAUUCUCAUCAUAAAAUAGUCUUAGCUCAACUCGCAAAGGAUGUUCUGUGCUUUAAUAUUUACUUUUUGGUUGACUUUGUUACAAAAUACCCAUACAUUUUAAUGGAGAAUUGUAUAGAAAAAAAGAACAUUGCAAACAUUUAGCUGCAUUCCUAAGAUGGUCUAUUCAUUGUAUUACAAGUUGUAUUUCUGUGCAUGCAAAAGCAACUUAAUGUUUUUAUACUUGUGGAGGCGUGUCCCUUUUCACCAAUAGAUACAUGAGUGUUGUAUUAAUCAUCUACUGAGCAACUGGUCCCUGGGGAUCAGAUAUUCUUAAACUUUCCUGUUUCAGUAUUCAUUUUUAAACACAUUAUAUUUGAAUAUUUUUCAUGCAACAUAAACAUUAUAGGUCUUUUUAUAAGCAUGUUAAAAUUGUUGAAUUUAAAGGGACAUAAAAAUAAAUAAGCAAAAUUAUCUGUAAAUGUAUUACAGCUUUUUAUUAUUGCUUGGAUAUAACUCUGUAUUUAAAAUGGCGUAAAUACAUAGUUAAAGGGGCAGUAAACCUACACAAUAAUGUUAUAUAAUGCCAAUUAUGUGCAGAAUUAUAUAACAUUAUUAUGUAGGUUUACUGCCCCUCUAAAGUCCGCUCCAGAGCAGAAAUCCAUUACUGGGAUUUAGCUGACCACAUAUGGUGAGCCAGUGACAAAAGGCAUAGGUGCAUAGCCACCAAUUGCCAGCUAGUUCCUGGUAGUGAGAUAUAGAUAGAUAGAUAGAUAUAGAUAUAGAUAUAUAGCUACACUCCCUUGUUUGGGGUGCCCCUCUCUCAUGCAAUUGUUUGCACAGGAGCAGGGGGCGGCAUUGCACAAGUCACCUCUUGGCGAUUGCAUAUGGACAGGUUCACUACUUGCGAAUCUGUCCCCCUAAAAUGAUACAUUU